AUGACAACCGACGUGCAACGGGAAACGCCUCACCCUUCGGCCGCGGAAAACAUCGAACUCCGCGACCCCGCGCUGGCUGCCUUUUUGGCCUGGCUGUGGCCGGGGCUGGGGCACAUUUAUCAACGUCGUUAUGCCAAGGGUGCGCUCUUCAUGAGCUGCAUCCUCAUCACCUUCUUCUAUGGAAUGAUCAUCUCCGAUGGUCGGGCGGUAUACGCUUCGUGGCGAGACGACCACAAGCGUUAUCCCUUCUUGUGCCAGGUGGCCGUGGGGGUGCCUGCGUUGCCGGCCCUGAUCGAGGCUCGCCGUAAAGCUCAAGAUCACGAACCGCUUUUUGGCGGCUGGUACCUUCCUCCUGGCAAUCAGACCGAACUCGACGAGCUGCACCGCAAGUAUCAUCGCUAUCUCGAGUUGGGCACCGUCUACACCAUGAUCGCCGGACUACUUAAUGUGCUGGUGAUUUGGGAUGCCUGGGGUGGGCCCGCCUACAUCGAAGAAGAGAAAGAGAAAUCGGCCCGCAACGACAUGCUGUACGCAUUGCCGUUGAUCGUGGCAGUGAGCCUGGUGUAUUCCGGCACCCGUUUCGAAGACACGAAGCUCAUUCUCACGCACGCCCUGCGAACCGCCAUUUGGAUCGUCGUCUUCAUGGCGAUCAUCUAUGGCAUUCUCUCGCUCAUCGCCUGGGGCACGGCCGAGAAGGUCGACCAAGCGGCGAACCAGGUCAUCGAUGCGGCUGUGACGGUUGCCCUUUUCGAUGAUGGCAUCGAGCCGAACCAGUUGUUGCAGUACGCCAAAAUUCUGGCCCGCGCCAAUCAGGGCAUCGAACAUCUCUUCGAGCGAACCAUCGCCCUGCGAACCAGCUUCGCUGCGAUGCCCGAAGGCGAUGAACGUCGCGCUGCGGCACGCGAGUAUCUGGCGAUCGCCGCUUCGAUGACCAAUCUCUCGGGUCGCUUUCGUUACUUGCUGUUCGAUGCCGACACGCUCGAUUACAUCGAGUGGGAACUGGUGCAGUACCCAGUGAUCUACCGGCAACUACUCGACCUGUUCGAAGCAACUGGUUGCACGGUGGGUUCUUCGAUUGCGGCCAAGAGUUUGGUGUAUCCCUUGGAAGUAGCCGCCGACACCGAUGAAGUUGCGGUGACCGCCGACACCAAGUCGCACAUUUUACGGGUAGUCGCUACGACGGCUCCACAAACUGGGCUACAGCGACUCACGGAAUUCCUGAAUAGCAACACAACCACCCCGGCGCUAGUAAUCGAAACGGCCAACACCAUCCGUCGCCUGGGCUUGCCACAAGAACCUUCCGCAAGCCAGGACCCAACAUUCCCCCGCCCCUAUAUCACACCGAGUGAACUUCGCGACCGAUUGGGGGCAUUGCCUACCGCCGCGCUCAGUGCCUCAGAAUAUCGCCAGCGCGCUUCGCUACUUACCUGGCUCGACGAGCGUAUCGAAAAGGGGCUGGUCGAAGACACCUACCGGAUGGGUCGAUUCGAAGUUCAACCCGGCGACUGGCUGCUGAUGCGCAACCCCUCGCCCUACAAUUUGUUCACCGAUCUCUCGCCCGGGCUUUUCACGCAUGUCGGCGUCGUGGCUAUGGAAGAAGGGCCUGACGGGGUCCGCCGCAUGGUGGUGGUCGACCUGCCGGAGCGUGGCACCCACAUGCCUUCGACCAAUGUCGACAUCUUUGUACUGCGAACGCUCGACUACAUGUUCUUGCGAUCGCAAAACCAAGCAUCGGCCGAAACGAUGGGCGAAACGGCGGCCUCGGUCAUUGGGAACCCGGUUCAAUUCGAUUUGAACUUCCGCUCCGAUCACAUCGCCGAACUCAGAGGCAAGCCGCUCGAAGACCAGCAGAUCACUGGCUACUGUGCAGGCCUACUGCUGUUGUGUGCCCAGGAAACCGACGAGCCCCGCGAAGCGUUCUUUCCGAUUCCCGAGUAUCCGGCCGAUGGGCGUCUGCUUGAUAACCUCGGCACGUUGGGCCUUUCAAUUGGCGACAACUUCGUCUCCCCCACCGGCGCGCUUUUCUCGCCAACGAUGGAAGUGGCCGGCCGCUCAGAACCGAUGUACGACCCCCGGCGGGAAGUGGAGCAGGCCAUCUACGACCACUUUGCUUCCAGUCUCGAUGAGCGAACACUGACCCCUUCGAGCGAUCUCUACCAAUCGCUUCGCUUGCGUGUCGCCCAAAUGUCGAGCACCAACUCGUUGCUCUCAAAAGCCCUGGCCAAGGCCGCAGGCGUAGGUGCCGAAACCGAUCUGGUUGCCGCCGCUCGAGCCGCCGCGGUGGUCGAAACUUUGGACGAGAUCGCCUACGGCUGCAGUGGCGAGUUCCUCGAAGCCCGCGAUGCGAUCCAGUUCAACGAGGAAGAAGGCGGCACGACCCAAGGUGUUACCAACGACGAACGGACGAACGCCUUGCGAAAACGUCACGAGGAUUUGGUGCGUCGCUGGAACGCCGAAGAGCUCACACCCCGCCAACUUCGUAUCGAACUGGUCGAUUACUACAUCGGAAACGAAGCCCUGAAGAGCGCGCUCAAGGCCGAGCUUUCGAAGCGAGGGCUAAAGCCUCUGGUGCGGGCGAACUCUGCCGGGUGUUUGGAACAAUGCGAGCUAGGCCCGACCCUGGUGAUCUACCCUCAGGAAAUCUGGUACGGCGGCGUUCAACUGGAAGACGUUCCGCGCAUCGUCGAGCAGACCAUCGAGCAAGGCAAGGUUCUGGAAGACCUACUUAUCGACGAAGCCUGGCUCAACACCAAGGGCCGUGGCCCCAAUCCCGAGUCGGUACAAUGCAACGGCACGUGGGCACCGGGGAACAAGCCCACCCGUCGCAUCGCUCCAAUUCUGGGGAAGAAGGUAUCGAGUAUGUCACGACAUCGAUGGAUCGUCGCUCUGCUGGCUCUCAUUCUGGUCUCCACGCAAGUGGCCACCAGCGAGGCACAACAACGCAAUCGCCGGGCGCAGAACAACAAUCGCGACGACGAUGACGAAGACGAAACUCCCGAGGUGCAGUUGCCCAGCGAUCCCCGGCUCCUGGAUCUACACCGCGACUUCGUUCGCAAGGCCGACCGACUGGCCAUGGAGUAUGAAAAGGCCGGCGAGUACGAGAAAGCCCGCGAUGUCUACGUCGAAGUGUUGCGUCUGGUACCGAACUAUCCCCCGGCGAUGGAGAAGCUUCAACGAAUUCACGAGCAAGAGUCGACGGCCGAGCGAGUCGUGCUCGAUGUCUUCGCCGAUCGCCCCUGGCAGGACAGCGGUGUGAUUGUCAUCGAAGGCAAGCCGGUGCGAAUCGAAGCCCGCGGCGAGUGGACCUUCCGCAUGAUUCACAAGUUGCCGGCAGAAGGGAUGGAAAUUCCUGAGAAGCUGCGCGACUUCAAUCUGGGCGCGCUGGUCGGAGUGAUCGAACCGCUGGAGAGCCGGACGAAAAGAGAUCGAGAUAAGGACGAGGAUGAGGACGACGAAGAAGACGAGGCACUGCAGCCGUUCUUGAUCGGCUCGAAGUACGAGUUCGAUGCCCCCGUCUCAGGGCGGCUUCUCUUGCGGAUGUACGAUAGCGAUCCGUCGGAUAAUGCCGGUAAGAUUUCUGUUGAAAUCAAAGGCACUUUCAAGAAGCGUUGA